CAAGAAACCACCUCUGUCUCUCUCUCUCUCUCUCUCCUCCAUUGGGUUUCUCUUCUCUCUCUCCCCCUCUCCCUCUCCCUCUCCCUCUCCCUCUUCGUAUUAUACUCCGGUGCGUGAUCCUCAGAUCCACAAAAUGCGUUUCCUACGAAGGAUCGCGGGGAUCUUCGGGCUCGGGAGGGACGACGCCGCCCACAACGAGGGAUCGGACGGCGCGGGCGAAGGGGGCGGCGACGAUCGGGCGGCGGAGGGCGCCGCCAGGAGGCGAGGCUUCAGCGUCCAGGUCCCCGUCGCCGUCGAUCGCUCCGCCGCCGCGGGCGGCGGCGGCCCCGUCCUCGUCCCCAGCGACCUCGGCGAUGGCGGAGUCCAGGGGUUCAAGUGGUACACGAGAAGACUAAGAAUCGACGAGGAUGGCGAUGUGGCGGAUGAGUUCUUGGAUGAGAUUUUGCCGGAGAUCUCCAGCGACAGCAGCAGGACGCAGAUAGCAGCGGCGCCUAAAUUCCAGGUGAAGUAUAACACCAGACCCAUCGCCCUGGCGGUGAGAAAACAGACAGUCGCGCCUAACGGGAAUAUUUACCAAAGUUUGGAGCACCAAGGUCAGCUAAAAUGGGUAUGAAAAAAGAAAAAGGAAAAAAUUGCCCUAAUUCCGUUAGUUUUAGCCUUCACGUGGAGAAUUUGGAGUUUUGGACGACGCCGACUGUAUGGGGCAAAAAGGGCAGUGAAAUUCUAAUCAGUGGUUGUUCUCGGAGUUCGAUCAAUGUGUGAAGCGAAAAACUGAUACUACUGCUCCGCGAAACUAGCGGAUUGUUUUACUGAUAUGCGAUUGAAAUUGAUUCGGGGGAUUUGAUCGGAUAGAAGUGUAUUUGGGAAAAUUCGGUCAUUGUAGACUUUCCGAUACUUUGGAGCUUCGACAUCGUCGGAGCUUUUCGUGUUUGUAUUAUUGAUUAAUGAUGUGACAGAACCUUUAUUCAAAAAAGGAUGCUCAUAAAGAUUGUCAUUUCAGUACAGUUGUUUUCUGUA